AUGGAGGAAAUGGCUGAUUUUAACGAUACCCUGCAAGAGAAAUCCAUGCGAGAUAUUAUGGAGGAUAAUAUGAUAAAUAUAAAUAAUAAUACGAUGAAUGAUAAUAUAGAGGAUAGCAUUCUGAGAGAGGCAAAGACGCAACUCAUGAGAAUUUUGGAAUUGUUGCCCAAUCCAUAUAAAUCAAAUCUAAAAACAGAAGAGAGGAAGGAGAUCAAGGAAAGAGCAAUGUUAUUAUAUGCAACAGUACACCAGAUAUUUGGAAAAUUGACGGAAAUAAGACAAGAAAUGGAGAAAAAGACUAACAAAAACACUGAACCAAUAGAACAACGGGAUGAAACGAGGAAAAAUGAAGAAGUAAAUCACAUUCAAUUAAAACAACCAACGUAUGCAGAAAUUACGAGGCGCAACUUAAAAUAUACAUUGAGCCAAACUACAAAAACAAUUAACGAUAAAAGCGAAGAAGGGGAUAACAGUGCAGUGCUGAUUUACCCAGGAAAAGACGGAGAUACCCAACUAAACAUGAAAGAAGUUUCAAAAGAGAUAAUGAACAACAUACAACCACAUCAGAUAAAAGUGAAAAUAAAACAGAUUAAACAGAUAAGAGGGAAUGGAUUAUGUUUUAGAGUGGGAAAUGAACAAGAAGGUAACAGAUUAAAACAAGCUAUACAGAAUAUAGCAGAAAUAAAGAAUAAAAUAAACUGUAAAACAGCCACUGGAAGGAAACCACGUGUGAUUUUGCUGAACGUUCCCCAGAGUAUACAAGAGGAUGAAAUAAUUGAAAUAAUGAGUGAACAGAAUGAUAUCUGGAGGGAUAUGAAUAAAGAAACUAUAAAAGAAAACUGCAAAAUUAGCACUAUUAUAACAGGAGGUCAGAGAAAAGAAAACUGUUGCCACGUUGUAAUCACGGUUACCCCACAAAUUAGGAAAAUUUUAAUAGGACAAAGAACAAUCUCCUUAUCAUGGUCAACAAUCAGAGUUGACGACUUUGUCCCGGUCACAAGGUGCUAUAGGUGCUGUGGCUUCGGACAUUGGGCUAGGGACUGCCAGAAGCAGCAAGUCUGCAGUCACUGCACCAAAGAACAUGGAUUUAAGGAGUGUAAAAUGAAGCAUGAAAUCCCAACAUGUAUAAAUUGCAUACAGACAAAUAGGAAGUUGCCACCGGAACGGAAACAAGCUACUAAUCAUAAUGCUUUCCACAGACAUUGCCCACAGCUAACAAAGAUAAAGGAACGAAUCAUACAAAGAACAAAUUACGAGAUGUAA